AUGGUCGCCUUGACAAGCCUUCUCUCCUACGUGUCGCUCCUCGCCGCAGGCUCCGUUCUUGCGGUGCCCACGGAGCGCGGACCUGCCUUCCAUGAGCUUCUUUUUGGCCGCGAUGCCAACGUGACCGAGUCGUCUGAGCUGGUUGCGCGACAGUCGCAAAGCGGGACGGGAACUCAUAACGGCUUCUACUACUCCUUCUGGACCGACGGCGGGUCCCAGGUCACUUACACCAAUGGACCCGGGGGCCAGUACAGUUGGAACCCUGGCAGCGCCCGCCAGAUUAGUUACUCGGGAACGUACUCGCCCAACGGCAACUCGUACCUCGCCGUCUACGGCUGGACAAGAAACCCGCUGAUCGAGUACUACGUGGUCGAGAACUUUGGGACCUACAACCCCAGCACGGGCGCCACCCGUCUUGGAUCCGUGACAUCUGAUGGUGGCACGUACGACAUCUACCGGACGCAGCGGGUCAACCAGCCGAGCAUCGACGGUACGGCGACAUUCUACCAGUACUGGUCUGUCAGGCAGGCCAAGAGAACCGGUGGCACGGUCAACAUGGCCAACCAUUUCAAUGCAUGGACCCAGUCUGGCCUCAACCUGGGCACGCACAACUACCAGAUUGUUGCUACCGAAGGGUACUUCAGCACCGGCUCAGCAACCAUCACGGUCGGCUCAUCCACCGGCGGAGGCAGCAAUGACGGCGGGGCGGCGAACCCCCCGGCGACCUCACCCACGCCCCCUGCCAGCGGUGGCAACUGCGCCGCCCUGUACGGGCAGUGCGGCGGCCAAGGAUGGAGCGGAGCGUCCUGCUGCUCCUCAGGCACGUGCAAGGCCGCAAACACGUAUUACUCGCAGUGCCUGUGA